CCCACCCGGCUACCCACAAUUACUCGACGGCAGAGAUGGCGGGCGCCGGCGCCCGAGGCCUGCGGGCCACCUACCACCGAGUCCUAGAUAAAGUGGAGUUGAUGCUGCCCGAGAAAUUGAGGCCGCUGUACAACCACCCUGCCGGUCCCAGGACAGUUUUUUUCUGGGCUCCCAUUAUGAAAUGGGGGUUGGUGUGUGCUGGAUUGGCUGACAUGGCCAGACCUGCAGAAAAACUCAGCACAGCUCAAUCUGCUGUUUUGAUGGCUACAGGAUUUAUUUGGUCAAGGUACUCACUUGUCAUUAUUCCAAAAAACUGGAGUCUGUUUGCUGUUAACUUCUUUGUGGGAGCUGCGGGAUCCUCUCAGCUCUUUCGUAUUUGGAGAUAUAACCAAGAACUAAAAGCAAACAAAUCAAAGAGUACCUGAUUACCUGCACAAUCUAGUUGUGGACAUAACCACUGGGACCUAGUUGGAUUUACUAUUUGGUUAUUGUUUAGGUGAUGCUAAACCAUGUUGACGUUUGGAAGAUAAAAAUAAACUAACUGUAACUGGUAACUGGUGCUUGAUUCAACAGAAAAAUAAAGCAAACUUUUAAUAACA